AUGUUCUACCGGAAUGUGGUGUCGAACUUCUCUAAUGAUGACUUCAUUAAAACAACAGUCAACUUCGGUUUCAAAGACACUCCUAACGCAAGUAAUGGCCCAGGAAAAACUGCUUUGCACCUAGCUGCUGAAGCUGGAGAAGUGUCGGGAGUGCUACAACUCCUAUCUCCUCCUCCAAUCCCUAGCUGCACUCCUAACCAGGAUAAUGCGAAUGCUUUGCAUCACUAUGUCUUACAAGUUAGAAGACCCUCUGCCCCACUUGGUGAAGGCACUCGGACUCGAGUAAAAUUUGGUGGAGAAUCAUUCGUGUUUCAAGGACUAUCGAUUUUCUUCCAUCGCGAAUUAUCCAAAGUAUUGCCCAAAAUGCCUGUAUCGCUAUGGAUAAAUGAAUAUGAAUUCCAUUUUAAAAAGGCUCCAAUGAUAGACUGUUUCAUUGUGGAAGAACUAGAUUUCUUCCAUCAAUACGUAUUCGUGGACUUAUCAGAGUUGUACGAUGAACCUUUGCGUGCAUUUAGUGUGCAUAACGGAUGCCCCAUUUACCAUGUGGUGCCACGCUUUGUAUCUGAAAGAGGUGGCUGCCGGCAACUACUCCCUAUGAGCGAAGUCAUUCGUUAUAUCUGCGAUUUUUUCAAACCGUUGGUGACCGACGAUGAAUAUGAACGCGUGGAAAACUGCACGGAUGCGGAAUUUGCGAAAGUACUUUUGUCCAAGAAAUUUCAGCUAGCCACAAAUCCCAAAAAGAGACCUUUAACUAUCCGUUUUGAUAACAUCAAGAGAAUGAAUAAUGGUAUUGGGCUUGGUAUAGGGCAUAAGACAUCACCACGUAUUGCUUAUGCUAAUCUCAAGAAUCCUGAGCUAGUAGAAGCACAGCGUCGUUUGAGCAAACUGCGCCGCCGCCAACGUCUAGAUCUCAAAAUUGGUCUCUGA